AUGUUAAAAGGCAUUUCGCAAAUCGUUAGAAAAGCUAUUGCUCCACUUGAAAAAAGAAUUGAUGAACUAGAAAUUCAAUUAAGUAAAUUACAAAUUGCUUUUGAUGAUCUAUCAACCUAUAAUAGAAGAAUAAAUCUUCGGUUUUAUGGUGUUGCAGAAUAUACUGGAGAAGAUACAGAUCAGUUAAUAAUUGAUACAUGUGCCAAAAUUGAUAUUGAUAUUAAUAAAGAAGAUAUUAGUGUCAGCCAUCGUAUUGGUGAAAUGAACAAUUCGAUGGGUCAACGUCCACGUGCUAUUAUUGUGCGGUUCUUGCGUUAUCGUACACGUCAAAUGACACUUAGGAAUAAGAAAAAACUAGAGCGAGAUAUCUCUAUUAAUGACGAUUUCAUAAAUGAGGGAUUCCCACAGUUAGUAUUGAAACCCACUAGAUUUGAUAUUUACCAAUAA